AUGCUUUCGCCUUGGUCACAACUAUUCCCAAUCAGCAGUUUUCACCUAGGAUUCACAACUUUUUCGCCCUCUCCUGCAUCAAUUGACGGGCACCAUGUCAUCUCAGUCCGUCUCGCAGAUUCUCCUCUUGGGAUACACAAAAUCACACGCUCGUUGACUCACGAGGUUGUAUGCCCACCACCCUCUCGGCAUCCAUCCUCGGACGACCCUCAGCUCGCUUGGCAGGCCAGAUAUCCCAAGGGUUCCUGCAGUCCAAAAACGGAAAUACCUGGUGGAUUUGGAUUUUAUCUCGGUGGGCCUAAAGAAAUUGUAUCCUUGUUAGAAGGCGCAAAAGAAGUAGUUUUUGGAUAUCGGGUGAUGUUCGAGAAGGGUUGGGAGUGGGUCAAAGGAGGGAAAUUGCCAGGAAUAUAUGGUGGUAUCGGCGAUAUCGCCUAUAGAUGCUCUGGUGGACGGCAGAACGACCGUUGCAAGUGCUUUGAUGUUCGUCUCAUGUGGAGGCGUGAUGGGCAAGGAGAAAUUUACGCCUAUCUACCUAUAAACGAAACAAAUACAGAUGCGCUUCUUGCGGUUCUGCCCUGCUCCAAAGCCAACCCUGAUUAUGGAAUUUCAGUCGGGAUCGGCGCAUGGAUCUUUGGGUCAGGUGUCUGGACAACUGUCGCACAACGUGUUCAACUUAAUGAUAUCGGCAGAGCUGAUGGAGAACUCCAACUCUGGAUUAACGGCGAAUGUGUGAUCCACGCAAAGGGGCUAAUUUUCCGAGAGGACGAGGCAUCCCAUAUCAAGGGCAUGCAUUUUCAGACGUUUUUUGGAGGACACGAGUCCGAUUGGGCAUCACCCAAAGAUCAACAUGCUUGGUUUUCCGAUGUCUCUGGAGCCGUCAUUCGUUGA